AUGGUGUUGAUAAUGGACGACGGAGAUGGAGGAGGGUCUUCGUCUGUCAAACUUAACCAAGUUCAGCCAGAAAGUAACGGCAAGGCGGGGACCGAGGAGCAUGACGAACAUUUGGGAUAUUGUGAUGCUGGGUAUGACUAUGAUGAUGAUGAUGAUGUCUAUCAGGAAUUUGAGGAGUAUGAAGACUUCUCAGAGUUACCGGAUGGCAGGAGUAUCGCUUCGGACGACUCUUUCUAUCCGCCCGAUGAUAACAUUGUCUACUUUAGAUCGUCGACUCCGGAAAGUCCGGCACCUCUUACAUUUUUUCAAGCGUGUUGUAACAAUAAUUCCAUCAUCGUCAAAAUCAUGAUCCGACAAGGAGUGACAGAGGAAGAAGUCAAGGAGACAGAUAAGAACAAUAGGACGGGACUCAUCGUGGCGUGUUACCAAGGUUACGUGGACGUGGUCAUCGCCCUCGCUCAGUGCCCGUAUGUGGACAUUAACUGGCAGGACAACGAGGGGAACACUGCGCUUAUCACCGCCUCCCAGGCUGGGCAUGCCAUGAUCACGCACUACCUGUUGAGUUACUUCCCGGGACUGGAUAUGGAGCGGCGGAACUGCCACGGGUUUACCGCCAUGAUGAAGGCCGCCAUGCAGGGGAGGUCAGCCUGCGUGCGCGCCCUGAUGCUGACGGGCGCAGACGUGGAGGCGUGUGAUUACGGGCGGAAGCUGACGGCGCGGCAGUGGGCCGUGUUCACGGGCCGGCAGGAGACGGCGCACCUGAUGCUGCGUCUGAUGGCUCAGCCAUGCGCGGAGCAGUUCUGCGACUCGUACCGGCCCGAGUGGCCCGCUCUGUCCGAGCUGGUGGCCCGGGCCCGGGAGCCCCGCAGCUGCGGCAGGAAGCUGUCGGAGAAGGUGUGCGGGGCCCUCUCCUUCUCGCUCAGCCUGAAGACCGACCCGCAGCACGACGGGGUGCUGGACCACAUGGUGCGCAUGACCACGGGGCUGAGCUGCCCGUUGGUGGCGCUGGCGUGCCGCACCGUGUGUCCCGGCAGCCCGCCCUGCGUGGGGAAGCGGCGUCCGGCCGUGCAGGAGAUCCUCCGGAGGCAGCGCCUGGAGCAGCAGCGCGGCCUGGCCGGCGAGCGCCUGGACAACUACAAGCGGCUGUUCCAGAACUCGCGCGUGACGCUGGUGCCCAGGCCGCGGGACCGCAGGGCCAGCCUGCAGCCGCAGAUCCUGCGGGAGGCCGCUACGGCCGUGACCGACACGGCGCUGGCGCUCAGGCGCACCAGCCUGCUCCCGCUCAACAUGGUGCGCAGGAGCAGCGUGCGGCCCGGCGUCGUGGUGCCCAAACUGCGCUUCUGCAAGGCCCCCGCCCCCAACUACCACCCCGAGCGCCCCGCCCGCAGGAAGAGCGGAGCCAGGGAGGCCCAGCUCCUCCAGAUCCCCAAGUGGAGGUACAAGGAGCUGCGGGACGAAAGGAAGAGGGCCGAGGAGGAGGACAGGAAGAGCCUGGAGAUGCUCCUCAGGAGGAAGAGGUGA